AUGGCCUCACCGAAGCAAGUCGCUCUCGUCGUAGGCGCAUCAAGAGGCAUAGGACGUCAAAUUGCCAUUGAUCUUGCAAAAAAUGGCUACGCCGCCCGCGAAAUCCACGAGGCCGUCGGCGACGCAACGCCCAUUGCCGUGGACGUUCGUGACCAAAAAAGCAUCACGCGACUCGUCGACCAGACAAUCCAGGUACAAUCCCUUUCCUUCACCGCACACUCACAAAACUCACCCAUCGCCACAAAGAUAUACUCCCGUCUCGACGUCCUAGUUUACAACUCCGGCGCAAUAUGGUGGGCCUCCGUGGAAGACACGCCCCCCAAACGCUUCCAGCUCAUGCAGCGCGUCAACCCAGAGGGCCUCUACCUCACCCUGCAUGCCUGCCUCCCGCACCUCAAGCGCGAGGGAGCCGGCCGCAUCGUCGUCGUCAGCCCGCCCAUCUACAGCCGCUUCUUCCUCGGAAAGACGGCCUACGCGAUGGGCAAGGUCGGCAUGAGCGUCUUGACCAAAGGUCUAGCCAUGGAUUUCGCGAGGCAGGGGUUGGACAGGAUGGCCAUCACCAGCAUCUGGCCCGCUGUGGCAAUCGAAUCCGCAGCCACGCAAAAGUUUCAGGCGUCAAAUCCAGACGAGACCAAGGACCUGCGUAAACCCACCAUCUUCUCAGAUGCGGUGCUUGCUAUCGUGCGAGCCCCGGCGAGUGUCGUGAAUGGCGAACUUGUGCUCGAUGAGGACUUCUUAAGAGACCACGCGGGUGUGACGGACUUCUCCAAAUAUGCCCUCGUGCCUGGAUCAAGUCCGCGUAGGAUUAUGCCUGCAGAGCUCCCGGACUUGACCGUCAAGGAGCAGGAUGAUGAGGGGAAGAGGUACAGCAGUGCAAAAGCAAAGAUAUGA